AUGAAUUUUUUAAUGAAAAAUGUGAGUACACAAUAAUAAACCUAUUUAAUUAUUGAUCCGUUUUUUUUACUAUCCUAACCUAAUUCUCCUAAGCUAAUUCUCCCAAAGUACUCUGCGAGGGCAGGACAUCAAUCAAUCGUCGACCAUCCGGAGCCCUCCUGUUCGUUUUUGCCGCUUGUUUUCGCUUCAUAAUUUGUAUCUCUGUUCACCUUCUUCACCAAAAUCGCCGUGAAUUUUUCUUCAGCAAUUUACAGGUCUCCCUCAAUUCUUUGAUUGUUCCUAGCAAUGUCAGGUUAUCUUCCACACGAAGUCUUAUUUAACAUUUUUCUAAAUCUUCCUCCAAAAACCCUUAUCCUCUGUUCAUGCGUCUCAAAAUCAUGGCGCUCUGUCAUCGCUAAUCCAAGUUUCAUCAGCACCCAUCGCAACCAAUCUUUAACCUGCAACAGGAAACUCCUGAUUCUCAGGCGGUAUUAUGGUAACACAACCAAGCAGAAAUUCCGGUAUUCGCUUCAUUUCGAUACAGACACAUUGGAUCUAUACCAGGAGCUGAAAUUCCCAUUCCUCAAUUCUGAUGGGGAUCUUAAGAUUGUGGGUGUUUCCAAUGGACUGGUUUGCUUUUUAGGUCUUGAGCUUCUCUUGUGGAACCCAUCAAUUCAAAGAGUUGUGGCUGUUCCUAGAACCAGCGAAACUGUCUCCAUCUACGGUGUUCCAGAUUACUACGCACUUGGAUUCGGCUUCGAUUCUCGUGCCAACGACCACAAGGUGGUUAGAUUGUUAUAUUUUGAAGUGAAGGCUCCUUUUAGUUAUAAAAGAUCUCCUAAAGUUGAGUUAUAUGAGGUUGGGACAGGUUCAUGGAGAGCAAUUAACAACAAAGCUCCUCGCUGCGAGAUAGUUAAAUCAGGAUGGACACAAGCUUUUUUCCACGGAGCUGUCCAUUGGAUUGCAUACAGGGAAAUUGACAGGGGUUAUAGGUGUUUCAUUUUGAGAUUUGAUAUAGUUAAGGAGUGCUUCAGUACAAUUGAUUUGCCUGAUUGUUUGGCUAAUAGCUCACCAUAUGAUUUGAAAGUUGCUGUGCUAGGAGGAGCACUUUCCAUUAUAUUGUGUGGCUGGUAUUGUUUUGAAACAUAUAUGUCUUCUGUUUGGGUGCUGAGAAAAUAUGAUAUCCCUGAGUCUUGGACUAAAUUAAUCAGGUCUGGUCCAUCACAAGAGUUGGGAAUAGUGUUAGGACUUAGGGAAAAUGGACUGAUGCUUAUGGAAUCUAAAAGGGGGGAAGUAGUUUUGUACAAUCCAUAUAUCCGGCUUAUGAGAAGUCUUGGAAUUUAUGGUGCUGAAGGUACUUUCUAUUUAGAUUCGUAUGUUGAGAGCUUGGCUUUACUGAAUGAAGGGAAAGGAAUUUCGGAGAAAGUGGUUGAAGCUUAUGAUUAAGUCCUUAGUUUGCUGCUGCAAGAUGAUUGAUAAUAAUGAUACGGAUAUGCUAGCCAAAUUAAAGUGGCCGUGCUUCUUAUAUAAAAGUAUUGCCACUGUUAGUACUCUACAUCAGUUGUAUGGGACUAGAUAGGAAGGAUUUAAAAUGCGAACGAAUUGAUAAAGUAACAAGUAUAUUUGAUGCUCGAGAUGGAUAGGAUAUUUUGAGGUUGGUUACUUAACUCAAGUUUGACCUUAGAAGGCUGCUUGACAUGCUUUUUCUAGACACUUGGCACUCUGUCUAUUCCUUUCUUUUUCCCUUUUUCUGCCUAUUCACCUUGAUAUUUUUAACUGGUUUUUAUUUUAUUUAUUUAUUUGGGUUAUUUUUUAGAUUAUUGCAACUUCCUAAUGUAGCAUAUGCAUUAUUAUAAGGACUGCAGUUACGCAUCUUAAUGCUAUAGAAAUACAGUUGCUUUAAGUCGACAUGCUGAGAAUUAUUAUUUGGAAGCUGAUAUUUGAUGCUUCAUAUUUUUUUUUCCCCUAAACUUCCCAACGGUUAGGCUUAAGGUAUAUUAUUUGUUUAAAGCUUAUUUCAUCCUGGUUGAGAGUUGCUUUAUCGAUGAAUCAAGCUGCUUCUACCUUUGAUUUACCUUCAAGAGCUUAAGAAACUUCUUAUCAUAUAAUUAUUUAAUUGUGCAAGUGAAAAAAAUGUGAUCACAAUUCACACAACAAACCGCCUUUGGUUGGCUAUAGUUGAAGAAGCGAGCUAGAAAUGAAGAUGUUUUUGAGGUCAUGAGUUUAAAUCAUGGUAGUCAUCCACUUUAAAUGUUAAAUGAAUAUUGUAUGAUAUUGUGAGUUUUCCAUAGGGAAACAUUAGAGGUAAGACAGUUGCUACAUUAUGAUGCUUAAUCGGGAUGUUUAUAAGCUUGCUUAAAUACUUAAAGUUCAAAAAAAUACACAUCAACAUAUCUGUAAUGUUUAGAUUCCUUGUGUUAGAUUUUGGUAGCCUAGGGACAUAAUCGGAUCAAACAAUAAAGUGUGAUAAGAGUGAUAGAAAGUGGAGUUCUAGUAGAGAAAGAACAAAGAGAGAAGAAAGCAAGGAACUCAAGAAUAUUCCAACUGUCUCUCCAUCUUGAACUUUGGCCUCACCUGGUUUUCUUUUCUUCCUAAAAAGCUAUGGAAGGUGGUUCAUAUAGGUUUUAUGACCAGAACAAAGAAAUCAGAUUUAAUAAUGGUUCAAUCAAUUGAAGCACUUGAUUAGUUGAUCUUUUGAGAAAGGUAUUCAAGGUUGGAACUUUAGAAUUUUCUUUUUGCUUCCUAUGGAGCUAAGGUUGUCGUCAAGUUCAAUUAGAUUUGUGUUUGGCCUCAAAUCAUAAACAAGUGGAAUGUAAGAAGGUUGCUACUUCUUGAAUAUGGAUAGUUGUAGUAUAUAGCCCGUUUUUAUGUUAGGGAGGGGUGUGUUUUGUUGUAUUUUGACUAUAGAAUGGUUAUUCUUGUGUGGAGGGAUUACUUGCUCUCUCAGAUUUCUCUAGGUUGUUUUGGGAUUCUUGCCAAUGUUGUUCUAGUUAAUACUAAUCAAAAGUAAGGAGUAAUCCUUACAAAAUGGUGUCAUAACAAUGAAUAACUUGGGGAAGCUUGAAUGAUG